AUGUUGAAAAAUAUUAGCCAAGUGGAUGCCAAGCAGCAGCCACAGUUAGCGCUGCUCUGGGAGGACAAGGAGGUCAAGUUCGAUGUGCCGCAAUUGCACAAGAACCUCCGAAGCGGAGAGCGGGUGCUGGACUACAUAUACCACAUCGAGGACAGCAAGGGCAAUCCUGGAGACACGGGCCGCUUGAUGGUCACCAACCUGCGACUGAUCUGGCACUCACUGGUCCACAAGAAGUACAAUCUCUCCAUUGGAUAUGCCAGGAUUGCCAACACCAACACUAGGAUAGUGCACAUGCACACCAAGGGCAAGACUCCCAGCCAGGCCCUGUAUAUUCUGGCCAUCAGCGAAGGUACCCGGUUCGAGUUCCUCUUCACUGACGUCUCCGGGGAAACAGCGCGUCGGGAUCAGCCCAUCUUUGCCAGCGUUUUCGAUGUUUAUCAGCUUUAUCAACGAACUUAUCUCUACCGGGACCUGAAACUCCGCGGAGCCAUCGUGCAGGCAGGUCAGUUGGUUAUCCUGCCGGAUGAGCAGGUUUUCAGCCAGGUCCAGGGCGUUUGGAAUCUGUCCAGCGACCAGGGCAACCUCGGAAGCUUUGUGGUGUCCAACAUUCGGUUGGUGUGGUUUGCCGAUGCCAAUGAAUCCUUCAACAUCAGCUUGCCCUACUUGCAGAUAGAGAGUUUGCGGGUCCGUGAGAGCAAGUAUGGUCCUGCCCUGGUUAUCCAAACUGCCGAGACUGGAGGUGGCUAUGUGCUUGGCUUCCGAAUAGAUCCUGCCGAGCGACUGAACGAGUUGUUUAAGGAGCUGUGCUCCUUGCAUGCCAUUUACGGGGAGCAGCCGAACUUUGGCAUCCAAUACAAUGCCCAGGAUGCCCGCCAACGGCUGGCCGAGGCAGCCGAGGAGGCCGCCCAGGCGUCCCAGUUCAAGGUGGAAAACUUCGAGGAGCUGGACGAGAGGCAGGAGCGUGAGAUAAACACCAAGCUGAACAGCUACCUGGCCGAGGGUUGCGUGGCGAAGACCUCGAGUGCAUCCAGCCGCGAGGAAGGAGAUCCUGUCUACUGCAAGGAACUGGGCUUUGCCAUGGAGAGAAUCCGCGAUGGCUACAAGCUGCAGGACCUCUGGAAUGUAAUGCCCACCAAAAUGGAGACUUUCGAGUAAUAAAUCCAAUGAAACUUAA